GUUCAUAACAUAAGAACGUGCAUCCGCCUUUUUCCGCUUUGAACACUGAACAUGGCAGUUGGCAAAAAUAAAGGUCUCUCGAAAGGAGGUAAAAAAGGAGGCAAAAAGAAGAUUGUUGAUCCUUUUUCGCGUAAAGAUUGGUACGAUGUUAAAGCUCCUAAUAUGUUUAAAACACGCCAAAUUGGCAAAACUCUCGUAAAUCGUACACAGGGGCAAAGAAUCGCCUCAGACUUUUUGAAAGGACGUGUGUUCGAAGUGGCUUUAGGCGAUUUGCAGAAGGAUAACGAUUCGGAGCGCUCUUUCCGUAAAUUUCGUUUAAUUGCUGAAGAUGUGCAAGAUCGCAACGUUUUAACUAACUUCCAUGGCAUGGAUCUAACUACAGACAAAUACAGAUGCAUGGUGAAAAAAUGGCAAACUCUUAUCGAAGGUAUUGUCGAAGCUAAAACUACAGAUGGCUAUUUGUUGCGUGUAUUUUGUAUUGGAUUCACUGCGAAAGAUCAGCAAUCUCAACGAAAGACUUGCUAUGCCCAACACUCGCAGGUCCGUAAGAUCCGCAGCAAAAUGCACGAAAUUAUUAUUAGAGAAGUUAGCGAUUGUGAUUUAAAACAAUUGGUUAAUAAAUUAGCUUUGGAUUCGAUUGCCAAAGACAUUGAAAAGAUAUGCCAACGUAUCUAUCCAUUGCACGACGUCUAUAUUCGCAAAGUCAAAGUAUUGAAAAAACCUCGUUUCGAUUUGUCCAAAUUGUUGGAGCUACACGGUGACGGCGGUGGCAAGGGUACAGAAGCCGUUGUCUCAGCGGAAGGUACAGUUAUUGACCGACCCGAAGGCUAUGAACCACCCGUACAAGAGUCUGUAUAAGUUAUCUUCAAAUAACUUUGAAAAACAAAUUUCUUUUUCUAUAUUUAGUGUGAAAAAAUGAAAUUUUAAUUUAAAUAUAGAAA